AUAAAUACAGUAUUACAUAUUCACGUCUCUCAUAAAACAUUAUGACAGUGUUGAAGAAAUCUGCAGCAAUAUUUUUAUACGUACAUGAAUGAAACACUUAAAAUAAGGGGAUAUGGACAGGCAUACAUUAAUUGAAAACUGCAAACAUGAGAAAAUUAUUACAAAAUAAAGGUAAACUCUUGUGAUAAGACUUUAAUGCUAUGCAAGGUUGCCUCUUUAAAAUUGCCAUCUCCAGCAAAACUAUAUUGAGGUUGAUACAAUUAGCCUCAAAUUAAAAUUAGAGGGGCUAAAAAUCAGUGGAGAUACAAUUGCAGCCUCUUUAAACUUUAUAGCACCCACAAUAAUAAGAUUAAAAAAUUCGCUCGACAAAGUGGAACAUACUAUUCAUACUCCAAGUUGAAUAAAAC